AACGUUAUCGAACACAACUACUGGCAGACAAGCACCGUUAAGGAGUGGGAUGACGAGGGCAUCCGGACAGCUAUCAAAUUUUUCCGAAACGAUAAGGGUGGCGAAUACUCUUCCAAAGCACUUGAGAAUUUCUGCAAAGACCAUGGCAUUAGUCUCGAACGCACCAUCAGGGACACGCCACAGCAGAAUGGAGUUGCCGAGAGAUUCAAUCGCACGCUAGCUGAAGCAGUCACUUCCAUGCUCUCGCAAUCCAAGCUACCGCCAUCCUUCUGGGCCGAUGCUGUGGGCGCAUAUACACAUAUACACAACCGACUCCCAUCCCAUUCUAGAGGCAACAAGACACCCUAUGAAAUGUGGAACGGAAAAAUCCCCUCAGUUGCUCACAUUAGAGUGUGGGGUUGUCUCGCGCACGUACACUUGCAAAAGGAUCAAAGGAAACAGCUGGAGCCGCACUCGCGUCGAUGCGUGUUCAUUGGCUAUCCUAUUGACUACAAGGGGUGGAGGUUCCUAGACCUCAAGACACGCCGAGAAUUCAUCUCGGACUCGGCGGUCUUUGAUGAAGACCAGCUUCCAGGUCUCACGCAUACCGAUAUACCAUUCCCAUCCCCCUCCUCAACCACAAAUACAUCCAACCCCACCACUCCAGCUGCUGCACUCUACCUCCCUCCACCUCCAAUAGCUAGACGUCCACCAGCCCUCCUACCACCUCCCCUUCCCACCAUAAAUCCCCCGGAUGGGGACGCUUUAGAACCACCACCAGAACCUGCAUCGACUCCUCGACAAGAGGUGAGCCCAAACGUUGAGUGGGGAAUGGACAAUAGCGUACCUCCUACUCCCAUAAAAUCCUCCGCGUCGACUCCUCCACGAGAGGUACAGUCAAAUGUCGACGACAUCCUUCACUUAAACUCCCCAUUAACCCAAUUAUCCCUAUCCCCUCCACCCUCGCCAUCUCCGGCAGCCAAAGUGCCAGAAAACCGAAGUGAAUCUCCAUCUCCUCCACGAGAGGUACGUCGAUUGAUGGACCACUUCGAACACUUCCCCCACAAUCUGCCGGAGAAAAGGACGCGCGAACCAGUAACGGCACGCCAAGCCUACUGGGAGGACAAUGAAGUCGGCGAUUUUGACUGGUACGGUGGAAUCGAAACAGAAACCGCAUAUGUCAGUCUUGAUCACCCAGCUAAGCUUCUCAUAAAGGAGCCACUCGCCUCAGUCUUGAAGAAAUCCCAUUUCCAAAUACCUCCUGACGAACCACCCUCCAAACCCCUCCCAUUAAUUCCCUGGCAACCCCCAAACCAUCGCUCCAACUUUGUCUUCAUUCCCUUUCACAACGCAAUCGACUGCGCACUAAGCGUGUCCACCCAGCUCGAACCCUCAUCUCUCAAGGAGGCACUGAGGAGGUCUGACGCUGACAAAUGGGUUGAAGCUGCCGCUGAUGAGAUUGGUGCACACAUGAGAAAUGGCACGUGGGAAUUAGUUCCCCUACCGGCAGGGAGAAAGGCGAUCGGGAGUCGUUGGGUGUUCAAAAUCAAGAAGAAUGCCGACGGCUCUAUCGAACGUUAUAAGGGCAGAAUCGUGGCAAAAGGAUACGCACAACGUGAGGGGGUCGACUUCACCGACACCUUUGCACCAACUGCUCGAUUCGGCGCACUGCGAACGGUCAUUGCCCUGGCGGCUAUUGAAGACUUGCACCUUGAGUCCGUCGACAUAUCCACUGCUUUCCUCAAUGGUGAGAUCGACACAGAGGUCUAUAUGGAGCUCCCGGAAGGCCUAGAAGCUGAAGGGGACCCCAAAGUCAAGUACGUCGUCAAACUCCUGAAGAGCCUGUACGGCAUCAAACAAGCCCCUCGCAUCUGGUCCAAGAAACUGCUUUCUGAACUGAAAGCACUGGGUUUCCAACGCCUGGAAUGUGACCACUCCGUCUUCAUCUACGAGCGCGACGAUGUCCGUGUCAUAGUCCCAGUGUACGUUGACGACCUGGUAAUCGCAUCGAAAUCCCAAGACGCAAUUGACGCGUUCAAGAGUCAGCUCAGGAGCCGCUUCAAAAUGAGGGAACAAGGACCUACCACUUUCAUUCUAGGCAUCAAACUCGAACGCGAUCGCCCCAAUCGUACCAUCAAACUUUCUCAGUCAACGUAUAUCGAAAACAUGAUCGAGAAGUACAUACCACAUGAGAUACUGAAUGGGGUAGACGUGCCGAUGAAAGAUAACGAGCCACUCUCAACGAAGAUGUGUCCUCAAACACCCGACGAAAUCGAAUUCAUGAGCAAAAUACCGUACAGAGAAGCAGUAGGAAAGCUACUCUACCUUUCGAUUGCAACUCGACCAGACAUAUCGUAUGCCGUCGGGGUACUGUGCCGCUACAAUGCAAACCCAGGGCAGAAGCACUGGGCAGCAGUGAAGCACCUCCUUCGCUAUCUCAGCCGUACCAAGGAUCUCAAAUUGUGCUACUCACCAGACAGCUCCAUGGAGCCUUUCACAACUUACUCGGAUGCCGACCUAGGCGGCAACAUCGACAACUCGAGAUCAACCGCGGGAUUCCUCAUCAAAGUCGGCACUGGCGUCGUCCACUGGGGAAGUAAACUUCAUCGACAAACAUCUCUAUCCACGACAGAGUCCGAGUACACAACGGCGUCGGCCAGUGGCUGCGAACUAAUGUGGAUGCGCUAUUUCCUCGAAGAGAUCGGGUACGACAUGUCGAAACCUUCUUUGUUGAAGAUGGACAGCGCCUCCGCCAUCCAAGUAGCCAAGAAUCCCGAGCACAUCAGCACGAUGAAACACGUACACCGAUGUUAUAAUUGGAUUCGCGAAAAGGUCGAAGAGACAAAAGAAAUCCGCAUCGCUCAU